AUGGCUCGCUCCGUGCGAGGUUCUUCGGCGGCCGCUGCUGGCCGCGGUGACAGGUUUUAUUCUGCACCCUCGGAUUACAGGAUUUUGCUCCUGACAUUGCCUUCGGGAGAGAGCAUGCAGCAGUGUGUGUUUUUGCACGGUGACCUGGCAAAAAGACCAUAUCGUCUGGAAGAUUUUCGAGAGCUACUGGAAGAAGCGGGCAUCAUCAAGAACAUCACGGGUAUAGGAGCCUUCCAGAUGAACCACAUCUGGCUGGUCAAGCUGCACAGAAAGGCUGACAAGGAUGCUCUGGGGAAAACGGGUGGACUUCAGGUCAAAGGCGGCUUAUGCGCUGUCAUUGACCACAUCCAGCAAGACGUCACCGUGAAAGUCCACUGGGUCGACUUUGCUGUCCAAAACGAGAGCUUUCGGCAAGUGUUGAGCAACUUUGGUGACGUCCUUGAGAUUUCUAACGACAACUGGUCCGUCGCUGGCUUUGAACAUGAGACGUCCACGACGAGGGUGGUGCGAAUGAGACUUAAGGAAGGUGUUGUACUUGACGACCUGCCGCACCUUUUCAAGUUUGGAAGUUGCAGCGUCCUUCUUGUGGCCCCGGACGACGUACAAGAGAACAUAAUGGACGCGGAGGAAGCUGAAAAGUCUGCCCCCAACAGCAACAUCAAGGAACACGUAGGCGAGGUCCAGGAUACGGACGCCAAGAUAGCUGGAGGGACAAUGCCUGACAGCCAGGACUUGACGAAGGCAACUGAAGAGCGUGCGGAAACAGUCUGCACGCAGGAGGCACCGCUCUUAAGUCAAGCAAGUGAAGAGGAAGACCUGAGCGAUUGUACCGAGACCACUACCGAAGAAGAGAAAGCAGACGCUACGGGGGCGACCGCGGCGCGCGGGAAGCGUCUCAGAACGGGCAUUCCGAAGUUGACGGAGGAGAGGACCGAACGCAAGGUUAAACGCCUGGAGCCUGACCUCUCGCCUGUCCGAGUUCAUCACGUGCCCCUGCUCGCAGCCGAGUUUCCAGACGAAGACGUGCAUUCCUUUGUGUUGUGCUCAACAUGCCGCGGCGCACUGCAAAGGAGUACCAUACCGGCCCUCUCUCGAAGUAACGGUUACGUUUACCCGGUCAUUCCCGCUGGGCUACCUCCACUGAACUUGGUGAGUGAGCGUUUGAUUGCACCCCGUCUACCAUUCAUGCAAAUUCGUCGCCUCAUGAACGGCGGAGGACAGUAUGGCAUUGUGGGGCCCGUCGUUAACGUACCUGUUGAAGUGGACACCAUGGUUAAAUCGUUGCCGCGAAACAUUCACGAAGACCAUGCCAUCAAUGUCCACAUUAAACGCAGGAUUCUCAACAAGACAUCAUACCUCUCUGGCGUGGUGAAAAAAUCUCACUUGAAACCUUGGCUUGACGUCUUGUGUCGGAGUACGUUGUACAGGUACUUUGGUAUUACUCUUGACGCCUCCUCUUUAGACGCUCUUCCCGACGACGACGCAUUUCAACUGCUCGAAGAUUCCGUCGAAACUAUACCCCAGUGUCCCGACGUGCACAAUCCAGUGGAUGCAUGCGUGGCGCUUAACGCAUUCGAACAGUCCGUGGUGUGGGACGAAGAGCGCUACCUGGCCAUAGCUCCUGGUGAACACAGACAACCACUGAGCAUACUGUACGAUGAAAGAGCAGAAGAGUUGUCCUUCCCUCAGAUAUACCUUGGGGAGCCCCGGCGCGUAAAGGCAGAAGCUCAUCCCACGCCCUUUACAUAUGCCACCAGUGAGAUACGUCGCAAAGACCGUCGCGGUGUUUCGCCUCACCACAUCCUGUUCAUGGCAAUGAAAGUGCUCCGAUUUAGAGUCAGUCGCGGCCUGGCCGUCACAUUUCGCGUCAACGACGACACCGACAAAAUUACACGCCAAAUGCUUGAAGACGAACACUUCAUACAGGAUACCAUUGACCAAGACAUGGCCUUUAUGAAGGGCGUUCCCAACACGGUCCACUACUGGCAGCAGCGAAAGAAAGAUGUCUUCGCUAUGAUACGCCAGCUUGGCAAGCCGACUGCGUUCCUCACCCUGUCAGCCUCAGAGAUGCAUUGGCCUCGAUUACUCGCUCUGCUUGAGCGGUUGCGCCAGCAAGAUCCCACCUUAGAAGUGCACGUGUCGGAAAUGACAUCCAUAUACCGUGCUCAGCUCGUCAACAGUGACCCCGUGGUGUGCGCCAUUUACUUUAACAAGCUCGUGAGCGUCAUUCUAAAUGUCCUGUGUAGCCGCACUCACUCGCCUUUCAAACCUUACCGCGUCGUGGACUACUUCAAGCGCAUUGAAUUCCAGCACCGAGGUAGUCCGCACGCUCACAUCUUACUUUGGUUGGACAACGCACCGUGCGAAACCGUCUCCUCCGACAUGCCAGAAACGAUCCGCCUCGCAACGCACCUCGUGUCCCUCGAUACCUCUGUGUUGCCACGCCUGCGCACUCAAGUGCACCAACACACACACACCUGCUACAAGCGCGGAAACUCUCGUUGCCGUUUUGGCGCUCCUUUCUGGCCCACUGACAACACCAUGGUGCUACUUCCCUAUCCGCCCACACAAGACGAUGCCGAAGCCACGCGGCGCGUCGCACUCAAGGAACGCUUCUUGCAGAUGCACGCCGCUCUCGAAAGCACGCACUACGACAGCAUCGGCCAAUUCCUCGAGCACCAUGCAGUCACUACCGAGGAAGAAUACGUCUCCGUGCUCCGCGCUGGCGUGACGCGCCCGACCUUGUUUAUACAGCGAACAGUGCAGCAAAAGUGGAUCAACGUAUUCAAUCCGUGGGUCGCCUCCAUGCUCGACUCAAACAUGGACCUUCAGAUCAUCCUUGACGCCUACUCGUGUGCUGCUUAUGUAGUGGAAUACGUAAAUAAGUCCAAUCGCGGGGUUUCAAACCUGCACAAAGCCGUGUCGGACAUUUUGGCAGACACUCCAAACAUUCCUUAUGGCCAGGCUCUUCGGUUACUCGGCGUUAAGAUGCUCAAGGCUGUUGAGAUGAGUGCUCAGGAAGCUGCGUGGACACUCCUCCGACAGGAGAUGUCCGAGUCCAGUAGACGAAUCACCUACAUUGCCACAUGCCUACCGGAAGAGCGCACGCGCGUUCGCAAAACGCGCGCGCAGAUGGAAGCAGCCGGUCUCGACGCCGCGUCAACGGAUGUAUGGAAAUUUGGGGUGUUGCGCAGAUAUGAAGACCGCCCAGACAAUUUGCAAGACGUGUGCUUGGCAGACUUUGUGGCGCAUUACAACUUGCACACCUACCAAAAGCGCCGCGACCCAGCCGUCAUUCGUUACCGCUGCUACUCCAUCGACGAAUCACUCAACUACAUGCGGGAAGCAGUCACACUGUUCCUUCCUUUCCGCCGGGAAGUAGACAUUUUGGAUGGCAAUGCUUUUGAGCACAUGUACGCUGAGAACAUGGACGCCUUGCUGCUCAAAAGAUCUGAGUACGACAGUAAGUUCGACAUUCACCAGCUGCGCCACAUAUGCCUCCAAAUGUGCACCGACGACGCCCGUAGUAGCGAACUACACACUGCCACUGACCCACACCACGUUCCUUUGGUCGACCAAAACGACGACGAAGAUUUGCUCGGACCACCUGAUGCUAACUCCGUAGCGCCAAAAGGUCGUUGCGCCGCCGUCUGCACGCGUCAGGAUGUCAUGACCGGGGACGCCUACAGGGAAAUGAUGCGUCUCGCCAACAAGGAACAGUUAGAAGUUGUUCGCGAGGUGAUCCACCGCCUAACCACACCGACUUCUGACCCACUAAGAAUCUUCUUGACUGGUGUUGCCGGUUGCGGCAAGACCUUCGUUCUACGCCUAAUUAUGGAUGCCUACAACCGCUACACUAACACCGCCUCCACUUGCACGCACAACGCGUACGUCGCGUGCGCCACAACAGGCAAGGCAGCGGUCGCCAUCGGUGGGCUCACUGUACACGCCGCCUUCAAGCUCAGUAUGCGUGCCGACGGGGGCUUGCGCGACGGAGACCUCAACUCCUUCCGUACAGCGUUCACAAACGUCAAGUGCGUCAUUGUGGACGAAUGCAGCAUGAUGAGCAGCGACACUCUCGCACGUGUCGACGACCGCCUGCGACAGAUCACUGGCAACUACAACGACCCUUUCGGCGGUUUGGACUUCAUAAUCAAAACACGCAACAACAUCUUCAACACCCACGUCACUUGGCAUCACCUCUCCUACUUCCCGCUUGUGCAAGUCGUCCGGCAGAGCGACGCCAUAUUCUCCGCCGCACUCUCAAAGAUCGGUGAUGGUCAUGCACUCGAGAAGGAAGAAAUCGACAUGUUUCAGGCCCGCUUCGUUUCCAAACAGGACGCAAACUCCCGCUGUCCUCACGCCGUCCGGCUAUUCUACUCCAACAAGGAUGCCGAGGCGUACAACACGCACGACGCCGUCCAAGACGUUCACGAUAUUCACGAGGCUAAUGCCGACGACUCCAUCAUCGGCUACCGCACCGAUGCUGAGUGUGAGAGCGCAAAGCGUCGGCUACACUCACUUACCACAGCUGAGGUUGGUAACCUCCCUCGAAAACUCGUGCUAUGCUUAGGAAAGCCCUACAUGCUUACCCUAAACAUUGACGUGUCCGACGGCUUGGUUAAUGGGGCGGUGGGUCACCUCAACCACGUGCAGUUCGACGAAAUGGGCCACGCAAAACGUGUUUGGCUCCACUUUCACUGCCGAGCAACUGGCAACAUUGCUCGCCUGAAGGCCAACCCGAUUCGUCAAGUUGCUGGUUCUGUCGUACCUGUCGAUUCCGUCCCGAUAGAGCUGCGCACCGCCACUGUGACUUUGGACAGAAGAACGGGUGUGUCCUGUCGUCGCAAGCAGUUCCCCGUGAUGCAAGCGAGCGCUGUCACGAUACAUAAGUCGCAGGGCGGAACGUACAGCGAGGUGGUGUACGAUUACCACAAGCGCCAUCCCCAGAAACUAGUUUACGUUGCGUUGAGUCGAGCCACCACUCUGCACGGACUCUACUUGACCAACGCAGAGGAUGACUUCACCUUCUAUCACUGCAGAGAAAACCCGGAUCGGGCCUUGUCGGACGAAUUUCGUCGCUUACAAAACCAUAAGCUCAACACGAUCGCCGCCGAGUGCUUUGCCGUCCUCCACUCACCGCAUAGAUUAGCGAUAUGCAACAUCAACGUGCGCUCCUUGCCUGCACACGCCUUCGAUGUGUCGCACGACCAUGUCGUUCGCGAGGUACCAGUACUGUGCUUGUCGGAAACGUGGACGGACAGUGCCGUCGAAUUGCCCGGUUACAAGUGCGUUACCCUCGCAAAGCGACACGAGCGCCGAGCUGCUGGAGUUGCCGUGUACGAGCACUUCGGAGGAACCACGCUUUCACCGCGAAACGUUCCCUACCAACUCAACACGCUGCCCCAGAUGAGUUGUGGCGAUGCGUGUGCCAUUCAAACAUCACAGGGCUUCAUCGUCGCAGCUUGCUACCUAUCACCAGGAACCUCGCGGUCCGACGUCACCGACUUCUUUCUCCGUAAAUUCCGUGCGGUGUGCCUUGAGAAUGCGCCGGUCAUCAUCACUGGAGACUUCAACGUCAAUGUGCUUCGCCGUGAAAACGAGUGGCUUCUCGCGUUCCUUGAUGCCGAACUUGGACUUCGCCUCUUGUCGGACGUCACACAGCCUACUACGCGCAACAACACCUGUUUAGAUCUUGUGUUCGGAAAGGGCAUCCCAUCCCGAGUGCACUGCGUGACAUUUCCGACCUACUUUAGCGAUCACAAGCCGGUUCUCGUGGUCGUCGAGUGA